AAAGCGGAGGACGAAGAGCUGGAUCCGACAGACAGACCCAGAUCCAGCCACACAGCCCUCCGGACCCGCCACAAACCGCGCAAAACACACGCGUAAAUGUCCGCGUUUCGGUCUCUGCGCUCGUCGUGAGGAUUUACAUUCAGCUCCCGGUUUGAUUUGGGUGAUUUUACUCCUUUUGUUAGUCGAAGUUUCCGAGUGUCACGUUUUAUUUACGGACCUUUUAUCUCGACUGUCGGUGGGAUUAAUCGUUUUGAUUCAGUCCAGUUUCUAAGACUUUACUGGACUUUGUGUGCGCAACGGUUUUGUCUUUUUUUCCCCAGUGUCUUUCUGAACGGAGCGGUAAAAGUAAAGGAAAUGUGGACCUGCCUUCGCCAUGGGGAAAUAGCGGAGCUCUGUCUGUAAACCACCCCGUGUUUUGGACUUUUUCAUGCUUAUUUUAAAAGACACUGUCCCGUUUUUUUGAUUCAAAUCAUGAGCAUGGAUGGUUGUCCGCUGAAGGUGGUGAUUUUUUUGUGGUGUCUGCUGGUCAUUUCAGGCUCCAGCUUUGAAAUUGGCUCCUACGACCUGGAGCGAGGCAGACCAGCCAAGUGCGAGCCCAUCGUGAUCCCCAUGUGCGUGGGGAUCGGCUACAACCUGACCCGGAUGCCCAACUUCAUGGACCACGACGACCAGAAGGAGGCUGCUAUUAAACUCAAUGAGUUCGCCCCCCUUGUGGCUUAUGGCUGUGAUGUGCACCUCCGCUUCUUCCUCUGCUCCCUCUACGCCCCCAUGUGCACGGACAAAGUGUCGACCUCCAUCCCCGCCUGCAGACCCAUGUGUGAGCAGGCCAGGGAGCGAUGUGCCCCCAUCAUGAAGAAGUUCAGCUACACCUGGCCGGACUCUCUGGAUUGCUCCAAGCUGCCCACCAAGAACGACCCCAACGCUCUGUGCAUGGAAGCCCCUGAGAACGAGACCAGGAUGGAGGGGAAGAAAGGGGAGGGGAUGCUUCCGGUGCCCCCUCGGCCCCCGCACCCGGGCACCAGCACCAGCCGCUCACCUGGCAGCAUCGGCUCCUGUGAGAACCCAGAUAAGUUCCAGUUUGUGGAGAAGAGCCAGUCUUGUGCGCCACGCUGUUCCCCCGCCGUGGACGUCUUCUGGUCGAGGCAGGACAAGGACUUCGCCUUCAUUUGGAUGACGGUGUGGUCCAUCCUGUGCUUCAUCUCCACCGCCUUCACUGUCCUGACCUUCCUCCUGGAGCCACACCGUUUCCAGUAUCCAGAGCGACCCAUCAUCUUCCUCUCCAUGUGCUACAACGUCUACUCUGUGGCCUUCAUCAUCCGGUCAGUAGCUGGGGCUGAAAAUAUCGCCUGCGACCGCGAGCACGGUGAGCUGUACAUCAUCCAGGAAGGGUUGGAGUCCACAGGCUGCACCAUCGUCUUCCUCAUCCUCUACUACUUUGGCAUGGCCUCCUCUAUCUGGUGGGUCAUCCUCACGCUCACCUGGUUCUUGGCUGCAGGGAAGAAGUGGGGCCACGAGGCCAUUGAAGCCCACAGCAAUUACUUCCACAUGGCUGCCUGGGGCAUCCCUGCUCUGAAGACCAUCAUCAUCCUCACAAUGAGGAAAGUAGCCGGGGACGAGCUCACGGGGCUGUGCUACGUGGGGAGCAUGGACUCUGGGGCGCUUACAGGCUUCGUCCUCAUCCCUCUCUCCUGCUACCUGAUCAUUGGCACAUCCUUCAUUCUCACAGGCUUCGUGGCUCUCUUCCACAUCCGGAAAGUGAUGAAGACGGAGGGCACCAACACAGAGAAGUUGGAGAAACUGAUGGUAAAAAUAGGCAUCUACUCCAUCCUCUACACGGUGCCUGCCACCUGUGUCAUAGUCUGCUACUUCUACGAGAGGCUCAACAUGGACUACUGGAAGCUUCGUGGGCUGCAGAUGAAGUGCGGCUCAUUCAACGGACACAACAACGACUGUUCGCUGCAGACGUCUGUGCCCACUGUGGCCGUGUUUAUGCUGAAGAUCUUCAUGUCGCUGGUGGUCGGUAUCACCAGCGGCGUGUGGGUGUGGAGCUCUAAGACCCUGCAGACCUGGCAGGGCCUGUGCAGCAGGAAGCUGACGGACAGGACUAGUGGUAGGAAACCGUGCAGCAGUGUGAGCUGCAGCAGCACACAAUGCCACUACAAAUCUCCUGCUGUGGUUCUGCACAUGGCUAAGACUGACCUGCACUCAGACAACCCCACACACGUCUGAGACUGAGGUGCAGGUGCACAAACACACACACACACACACACACACACACACACACACACACACACACACACACACACUAUGCCCUGUGUAAGGAGCUGCUAAAAAGACUUUGUCAGAAGAUGAGUGGUUGAACUGAACUGUUACUCCUCUGCUGCUGCCAAGGGACACACAGGUACAGGCGUCACUAUGAGAAGCUAUCCAUAAACAGUAUUCAGUGCAUAAAGGGAAAUGUUCAGUAUUGUUACUCCUAUUUUCUGUGCAGUAGACAUGCCCAGUGUUGCAAAGCAAAAGAAAAAGAAAAAACUGAUGUGGGAGGCAUCUUGGGAAAUAUUAGGCUAUUCUCCUCCCUGAAAGUGGCAUGAUUAAUUGUAUAAAUGUGUAUAAAUGUUUUAUUUAUUGUAAAUAUAUUUAAUUUAACUUUACCUUGGCUCUGUGUAGAUGCAUUUAUUAAAGUUUGAAGGUCAAGGGAAAUUUUAAGUGCCUUUUAUAAGAACUCUGGUUCUGGCCUUUUGGAGGAUAAUAAAUUUGUGGAAUUCA